UCCAGACCAUUUUCAAUUAGUUUGUGCUUAGCAUCUGUGUAUUACACUUCCUUGAUAAAGAAAAAAAAUACUGGCCACCAAGCAAAGUAAAAAAAGAUAAAUGUAACUUUGCCGUAGAAAAUAUUUUUUUUAUAAAUUCGAAAUACGUUUACAAUAAAAAGUAAUUUCAAAAAUGGAAAAUUACCUCCAAUAUCAAAACGAAGAAAGUUGGGGGCAGCAAAUGUUCGCAGUGACGUCAUACCAAAGUGUGGAGGUUCCUGUGGCGAAGCAACGUUGCCAGGCUAAUGCGCGGGAGCGGGACCGGACGCAAAACGUGAACCUGGCCUUCAACACGCUGCGCCUGCUCAUCCCCACGGAACCCCCCGACAGGAAACUGAGUAAGAUUGAGAUCCUCCGGUUGGCUGGCAGCUAUAUAACCCAUCUAGACAAUCAGCUGUACACCGGCGACAUGGAACAACCGUGUCUUCAAAAGAAUGAGGUCGAAAAUAAUAGCAGAUCUUUAUGCACUUUUUGUUGGUCGACGGUAAAAAAAGAUAAACCUCCGACUCAGGCUUGCAGUUUUUAUAAAUCUCCAUUCUAGACUGACGUGGCCUGAAAUUAUUUAUUAAGAUAUUUAACCGAUUCCCUGUCCAUAAAAUAUACCAAUUUCUUUGUUCCUAAGUUAUCAAUCGGGCAGGGAAGCUGUUAAUAUUACUAGUCUGAGAUCAAUUAUGAUGUACUUAGUUAAUAUUAUUAGUUUUUUAUUGUUAAAUGUAGAUAAUAUAUAUUAUCAUAUCAUGCAUUUAUGUAAGAACACUUAGGUAGUAGGAAGGUAAAAUAAUAUGUGUAUUCUCGGCACGCGAUAUGUUAUUAUAAUAAAUUAUAUCAGAAAGAUUAACUGUAUACUUGAAAAACAUUUUAGAUAUAAAUUAAUUUGUCAAAAAAGGUCUAAAUUAUGUUUUUUUUUAAUUUUAUUUUUAAUAACAAAUUAUUCAUUAAGAAUUCAAUUUAUAAUUAUUUGUAGU